AUGGCGGCUACCGGUCAUGCUGUGGAUCCUGAUUUAGCAAACGCAUUUGCUGAGCUGUCCAUGAAAAAGAUUCAAGCAGAAAGUCAGAUCCGCCUUUCCAAUGUUCAGAUUGAAAGUCUCAAUAGAAAAAUCCAGCAUACUGCACUUGUUGAACAUGAAGUUGCAAGCCUGCCCUCAGAAACAAAGGUUUACAAGGCAGUUGGUAGAAUGUUUUUGCUGCAAAAGCAGAACCAGCUGAUAGAAAGCCUGAAAAGCAAGCAGCAGUCAUUCGCUGAGAAAAUCAAAUCCUUGGAGGCAUCUAAAGAAUAUCUACAAAGGAACAUUGAGGAGUUCAAGAACAAUGUCAGGGAACUGGUGAUGACUAAGCAGAGUUCCCGCUAA